AUGUUGAGUUACUAUGACAUUCUAGGAGUGCAGAGAUACGCGUCAGCUGGGGAAAUUAAAAAGGCUUAUCACAAAGUGGCACUUAAAUGGCACCCUGAUAAAAAUCCGGAAAACAAAGAAGAAGCGGAGAAAAAAUUCAAAGAAGUAGCGGAGGCAUAUGAGGUACUGUCGAAUGACGAAAAGCGUGACAUUUAUGAUAAAUAUGGCAAAGAAGGGUUAAAUGGCGGAGGUGGAAGUCAUCCUGGUGACUCUUUUGAGUAUAGCUUCGUGUUCCGUACGCCAGAUGAUGUCUUCAAAGAAUUCUUUGGGGAAAAGGAUCCAUUUUCCUUUCAUUUCUUUGAAAGCUCACUCGAGGACCUCUUUAACAGUCCGAGCAGCUCUUGCGGAUGCCGAUGCAGAGGCCCGAGAAACUUUCUCUCUAACGCCUACGAGUGUCCAGUUUUUAGCAGACUGUCAUGUGACCUGGGACCGACACCAUUUGGGUCGCCGGGCCACGAGCACCUUCAUUCAGUCUCUUCCCCACCGUUUGACGAUACUGGGAUAGGUCACUACAUUUCUUUACCUAAAGUUGAAACCGCCCAUCUAAUUGUUGAUGGCAAAUAUGUCAAUACAAAGAGAAAUUUCGAUUCUGAACCAGAAAUAGAAGCAGCUGAAGAUGACAGCGAGCUCCAGUCCUUCUAUAUAAACGGUGCAGAAGACGAGGAGUGCUUCUCAGAAUGCAUCUGCGGGAGAGCGUGCAGGCACUCGGCUGUGGCCUGCGCCAAGCACGUCCCGCAAUGCACUUUUGUGGACGAUGAUGAACAAGAUAUACCGUGGGUCUCCAGCCACUGGGAUCCCUCGCUCUUCUCGGUGGGGUUCAAAGAAGGAAGUAGGAGGAAAAAAAAGAAGCAUAAAGAGGCGAAGAAGCAGCCAACGAAAAGGAAUCGGUAG